GUUAAAAUGAAACGCUUUACUUUAAGUUUUGCUUUGUCGGCAUUGCUGCUGAUUUCCAGCAAUGUUAAUGGCCAAUAUUUUGGAAGUUUAAUGUCUCACAUCCAAACGCCAAGUUUUCACAUACUUGAACCCAUAACACCACCCCUAACAACAACAUUUUAUACAACACCAACACAUCAUCAGCAACAACAACUACCAUAUCAAUCACAAGCUUCAACCACCACCACCUCAAGACAAAGCUAUAUUUGGCCACAAUUGUUUAAUACUUUAUUACCAAUUAAUACGCCAUUCAAUAGCUAUGAACCCGAGGCGGAAUUUGUGCCACUAGAAGCUCAGGAGAAUCCUCACAAUCCACAUGGCAGGACAUCGACGACGACAACAACAACGACCACAACAUCCAAUGGCAGCGAAGAGAAACCAUUUGAUGUCGAUGUCAUCACCAGUGAUGUCAAUGGCGGCAAUGGUCAAGCUCAGCCUGGCUUAUUCUUCCAUCAAUCCUUCCCCUUCUUGGGUAAUAAUUUCUUCAAUAGUUUUGGCGGAUUUGGCAUUGGCACCCAAGAGGAACCCUGGUGGAAGGGACCCAAUGUAUGUACCGAAAAAGAAGAAGACGAAAAGGACAUGGAAGCCUCGGAUGAAACUGAGGAGACCCAAACAGCCGAAGGCACCGAAAUUGUUAAACAACCCUCGUAUGGACAAUUCCAUUUCAGUUUGAAUUCAUGCGUUGAAAAGCCCAACAAAUAUGUCUGUACACGAGUUGUAAACAAAAAUGGCAAAAAGAAAACUUUGACUGUUUCACGCCAAUGCUGUCACGGCUAUGCCCGGCCACGUAAUGCCGCUUAUGCAACACCCUGUGAGAAAAUCGAUAUCAAAGAUAUUGAGGCAACGGCAGCCGAUAUGGGAGCCAAAGAGUUUGUGGCAAAGGCCAAAAACAGUGGCCUAGCUGAUACGAUCAGCUCGAGUAAAAAUGUAACCGUCUUCUUGCCACUGGAUGAGGCAUUCAGUGCCUAUGCCGAUGCGGCACAGAGUGAGAAUAAUGUGGUUGAAAUGAAAUCGGAUGAUGGUGUAAAACAGUUAUUCUUGCGCCAUGUGGUCGAUGGUGAAAUCAACUUGGAAGAUGUCAGCAAUGAACAAAUCCUGAAGACCCACGCCGAUGGCCAGACCGUGCGCAUUAACAGCUAUCAAAUGCCUUUGACUUUGAGCCGCGAACCCUAUCGUUAUACUGCCAAUUGUGUACCAAUUGUUCGUCGCGAUAAACUCUCCGAACAGGGUAUGGUCCAUACAUUGGCCGGUGUUAUGCCAUCGGUUAGUAAAAACGUCAUGGAUAUGAUUCGUGAACGCAGCGAUAUGUCAAUAAUGCGUACCGUUUUGGAGAACACAAAAUUGAGCGAACUGUUGGAGGGCGAGAAACCCAUUACGAUUUUCGUACCCACCGAUAGUGCAUUUGAUAAAUUGGAACCCCAUUUGCGUAGAGCUUUGAAGGAGGGCAAGGGUUGUGCUUCAAACAUUCUCAAAAAUCACAUUCUCGAUUUGACCUUCUGUUCGGUGGCUUCCGUUGCUGGUGCCAAGACAACCGCUUACAACCUUUUGGGUGAACCCAUGCGUAUUAAUCGUUCUAAGGCAGCGGACGAUAGCAAAACGGAAGAACCUGUCAUUAUCAAUGGCAUUGCCAAAAUUAUGGAAGCCGAUAUUAUGGGUAGCAAUGGUGUUAUGCAUGUCAUCGAUACAAUUAUGCCCACCGAAUCGGCCCUACCCAUGUCCUCACUGAUGCAAGAGAAGAAUGUUACGAUUUUCAAACGCCUUCUCGAGGCAGCCGGUCUGGAUAAUAAAUUCGAUGAUAUGGACAAUGUAACGGUGUUUGCACCCACCGACAAAGCUCUACAGAAUACAAAGUGGGCAAAGAUGCUGGAAGAAUCGCCCGAACAAUUGAAAGGCAACCCGGAACUUGUUGAAUUCCUUAACUAUCAUGUCACUCAGCCCAUGGUGAAGACCUGUGAUUUGGAAGUGAAAAUGUUGCCAACCAUUGGCGGUGAUAAGGUUCGCAUUAAUCUCUAUUCCACCCAUGCUCUGUUCUCGAAUGUUAUGAAUCGUGCCACGGUGAAUUGUGCCCGUCUCAUUCACUUCGAUGACGAAAGUUGUGGUUCCGUUCUGCAUCAAGUCGACAAGCCAUUGACACCACCCAAAGAGAAUCUCUUGCAAAUGUUGAAAUCGAAUCCAAAUUAUAGUAAAUUCUUGGACUUGGUACAUAUGGCGAAUUUGACAGAUCUCUUGGCCAAUCCUGAGGAAGAUUUUACUCUACUGGUACCCAAGAACGAUGUCUUCGAAGAAUUGGAAGAAUCUUUGAACAAGGAACAGGGUGAAUUGGAGAAUCUCAUCAAGACCCAUAUUGUCAACGAUGUGGUCUGUUGUGCUGGCAUCAUACCCACCAACUGGCCAUUUGUACGUUCCAUUGAAUCGUACAAUGGUCAUCAUUUGCGCAUCACCCGUGACCGCCGACCAAAAAUUCAAAAUGCUGGCAUUACCAAAUGUGAUAAUAUUGCCACCAAUGGCAUUAUACAUGAGAUCAAUGAUGUUAUAAUUCCCAAUACCAGACGCCAGCAACAGCAGCAGGAUCAACAUCAUCACAACGUACCCCAUUUCACAACACAUCAUCAGGUGCCGUCAAGACCUCAACAACAUUUCCCCAAUGCCGAUGAUAUAUUUGGUGAUUUAUUUUUCUAA